UCGCGUCACCUUUCUCGGUAUUUUCUUGAUGAAAAAUAUUUUGCUGGAAAAAAUUGGCGUCGGAUGCUUUUGCAUAUCCUAUUUUUCAUAAUUGUGUGAUGAAAACGAGUGUUACAGCGAGAAAUGCAUAUAAAACAGGUGAUCAUACAAGGCUUCAAAAGUUACCGUGAGCAAACAGUGGUGGAGCCAUUUGACAAACGGCAUAAUGUUGUGGUUGGCCGCAAUGGAUCGGGGAAGAGCAAUUUCUUCUACGCCAUCCAGUUUGUGCUCAGCGAUGAGUUUACUCACCUCCGGCCGGAACAGCGGCAAGCACUCCUCCAUGAAGGAACUGGAGCUCGAGCGAUGUCUGCUUAUGUAGAAAUCAUUUUUGAUAACUCAGAUAAUCGCGUACCGAUUGAUAAAGAGGAGAUUUUCCUGCGUCGAGUUAUUGGUGCCAAAAAGGAUCAGUAUUUCCUUAACAAGAAGGUGGUUCCUCGAUCAGAAGUUGUGAAUCUACUUGAAUCAGCUGGAUUUUCAAACUCGAAUCCAUACUACAUCGUCAAACAGGGUAAGAUUAACCAAAUGGCAACUGCUCCUGAUUCCCAUCGUCUGAAGCUAUUGCGAGAAGUGGCCGGAACACGUGUUUACGAUGAACGAAAGGAAGAGUCUAUGAAUAUUCUUAAAGAAACGGACGGCAAAGUUGAAAAAAUUACAGAAUUUUUGAAAACGAUUGAAGAUAGAUUGAAGACUCUAGAAGAGGAAAAGGAAGAACUGAAAGAGUACCAGAAAUGGGAUAAGGCACGUCGGACCCUGGAAUAUAUUAUUCACGAGACAGAGCUCAAGGAAAACAAAAAGCAUCUGGAUGAGUUGGAGCAUCAGCGAAAGAGUUCGGGCGACAAGCAGAAGAUGUUCGCUCAAGAAAUUCAAACCGCACAAGACAAGAUAAAAAAUGCCCAAAAGGCACUCAAAGAUGCAAAGAAAGAGGUGACCACAACGAAGGAUGAAAAAUCGGUUCUAACAACAGAACACCAACAGUUGCUUCGCGAGAAAACAAAGUUGGAUUUGACGAUUUCAGAUUUGACCGAUGAAGUGCAAGGAGAUAAUAAGUCUAAGGAGCGGGCCGAGCAAGAAUUGAAUCGUUUAAAACUUACGAUUGCUGAAAAGGAGAAGGAACUGGAAGAAGUACGACCCCGAUAUGAAGCUAUGCGUAGAAAAGAGGAGGAGUGCUCAAGAGAGCUCAAUUUGAAGGAACAAAAACGCAAAGAACUAUAUGCCAAGCAAGGUAGAGGAUCGCAGUUUUCAUCUCGAGAGGAACGAGACAAAUGGAUCCAGGGUGAACUAAAGUCACUGAAUAAACAAAUCAAGGAUAAAAUCGCUCAUCAGAAUAAGUUACAAGAGGACUUGAAGCGGGAUGCUGCGAAGCAAAAAGAUCUUGAGAAGAAAAUUGAAGAGCAUACGGAGUCAUUCGAACAGUUGCGGAUUCAGAUUGACGAGCACAAUAAGCAUUAUUACGAACUGAAGAAGAAGAAAGAUCACUUCCAAACUAUUCGCAACGACAUUUGGAAAAAGGAAACUCAAGUUACGCAGACCCUAUCCGGUAACAAGGAAGAACUGGCCAAAGCUGAUCAAGCUUUGCGAUCGAUGGCAGGUAAACCAAUUUUAAACGGACGUGAUUCUGUUCGUAAGGUUUUGGAAAGUUUCAGUCAAAGAGGAGGACAAUUUGCGGAUAUUGCCAGAUCGUACUACGGUCCAGUAAUAGAAAACUUUAAUUGCGAUAAGUCGAUUUACACGGCCGUAGAAGUGACAGCUGGUAAUAGAUUAUUCCACCAUAUCGUAGAAUCAGACCGCGUCGGCACUCAGAUUCUCAAGGAGAUGAACAAGCAAAAGCUUCCAGGAGAAGUAACAUUCAUGCCCCUAAAUCGACUACAAGUUCGUAUUCACGAUUACCCAGAAGAUCCCGAUUCCAUUCCGAUGAUUUCCAAACUGAAGUACGAAGAACAGUACGACAAAGCGCUGCGGUACAUUUUCGGCAAGACACUAAUCUGUCGUAACUUGGAACGUGCUACGGAACUGGCCAAGAGCACCGGACUUGAUUGCGUCACAUUAGAGGGAGAUCAGGUUUCGUCGAAGGGAUGUCUCACUGGAGGUUACUUCAAUACUUCUCGAUCAAGAUUGGAAAUGCAGAAAAAGCGAUCUGAGUAUUUACAAAUGAUUGAAGAUUUGGAAAAAGAGUUGAGCGAAUUCCGAACUGAGCUCAAACAGACAGAAUCGAGCAUAAAUAGCGUUGUUUCCGAAAUGCAAAAAACCGAAACUAAGCAAGGGAAAUCAAAAGAUGCAUUCGAGAAAAUCCAAGCAGAUAUUCGUUUGAUGAAGGAUGAGCUGACGCGGAUUGAACGCUUCCGGAACCCGAAGGAACGGUCCUUAGCGCAAUGUAAAGCCAAUCUGGAAGCGAUGAACAGCACCAAGGAUGGGUUGGAGAACGAGUUGCAUCAGGAAUUGAUGUCGCAGCUUUCGGUUCAGGAUCAGCAUGAGGUUGAUCAGCUAAACGAUGAAAUUCGUAAAUUAAAUCAGGAAAAUAAGGAAGCUUUCACUGCUCGUAUGAGUUUGGAGGUCACAAAGAACAAGUUGGAGAAUUUGCUGACCAACAAUCUGUUUCGUCGUAAGGAUGAGUUGGUGCAGGCGCUGCAGGAAAUUUCAGUAGAAGAUCGUAAACGUCAGCUAACAAACUGCCGCACUGAGCUUACGUCAACAGAAAAGCGAAUCAAGAAAGUUUUGAGCGAUGUAGAUGAUAUCGAUAAAAAAGUGAGUGAAGCAGUUAAACAACAGAAAGCUUUGCAAAAAGAGCUGGAGCUCUGGAUGCAGAAAGAAAAGGAAGCUCAAGAUAAGAUGGAGGAGGAUUCAAAGCGAAUGGAAAAAUGGGCUGCCAAGGAAAAUUUGCUACAUCAGAAAAUAGAGGAGUGCACCGAAAAGAUCGCUAGUCUUGGGGCGUUGCCACAAGUUGAUCCGUCAUAUCAGCGAAUGUCAUUGAAAACGCUAUUCAAGGAACUCGAAAAGGCAAAUCACCACCUCAAAAAGUACAACCAUGUGAACAAGAAGGCUCUAGAUCAAUUUUUGAGCUUCUCUGAGCAGAAGGAAAAGCUUUACAAGCGUAAGGAAGAGCUGGAUAUCGGUGGUGAAAAGAUUCGUGAGCUGAUGCAGAAUCUCGAGAUGCGCAAGGUUGAAGCUAUUCAAUUUACGUUCCGACAAGUAGCAGCAAAUUUUACGGAGGUAUUCAAGAAACUAGUACCGCAAGGUUCAGGCCAUUUGAUUCUGAGAACACAGAAAGAUACGGAAGGGAACGAUAUGGAAAAAGAGGUGGAAACAUCGGAUGAAUUUACCGGAAUUGGAAUUCGUGUGUCCUUCACUGGAGUUGAUGCUGAAAUGCGAGAAAUGAAUCAAUUAUCCGGUGGCCAGAAAUCUCUUGUUGCGCUGGCUCUAAUCUUUGCUAUUCAAAAAUGCGAUCCGGCUCCAUUCUACCUUUUUGACGAAAUCGAUCAAGCACUGGAUGCCCAACAUAGGAAAGCAGUGGCAGAUAUGAUUCAUGAAUUAAGCGACAAAGCACAAUUUAUCACAACAACAUUCAGACCGGAACUGCUGGAAAAUGCUCAUAAAUUCUACGGAGUGCGGUUCCGCAAUAAGGUGAGUCAUGUAGAUUGUGUCACACGAGAAAUUGCUAGAGAUUUCGUGGAAGACGAUACUACCCAUGGUUAACUCCCAGUUUAAUGUUAGAUGUCUAUUCUGAUUACGAGAAAUAACAAUAUUUUAGCCCUUAUUUCAUCUA